AUGUUUAAAGCAAUAUAUCAUAAAGCCCCACAAGAUGAAAUUCAAGCCAUGUUUACCAAAUUUGAGACCAAAGGACUUUCUAAAUUUUGGAUUUAUAAUAAUUGGGAAGUAUUCAUUUCAAAAUAUGAAUAUGCAAAAGAUUUCUUAUCGGAAUCAGCUGAGGCGCUACCAAAAUGGUCGCUUCCUGACAAGCACCCAACAAGAAAAUUUUUGGGUGAUGGUUUAUCUUUUUCUAACGGACAAAAAUGGAUUACGCAUAGAAGGAUAGCAAAUCCUGCAUUUAACCGUGCACUUUCCCCAGAAGUUGUUGGGAAAAUAACAAUUGAUUUGAUAAAUUUACUUGAUAAAAUAGUUGACCAACCAUUUGAUAUCUUUAAAGUAAUGCAAAGAACCACCAUACAAGUUUUAGGAAAAGUUGCAUUUAAUUAUGAUUUCAAGUGUUUGGAAACUUUAGAAGCUCAACAUGAGACAGAAUUUAAUGCCAUAUUUCGUCGUGCAUUUGCAUCUAGAGUUUUUCCACCCGAAUUAGCAGAAAAAUUUGGCAUUCAACACGUUAAAGGUAUUCUUCUUCAUGGACCGCCUGGAACAGGGAAAACAUUAUUGGCUAGACAAAUUGGAAAAAUGUUAAAUGUGCAAGAAUUAAAAGUUAUUAAUGGACUGGUAAUAUUGAAUAAGUACAUAGGUCAAUCUGAAGAAAAUAUUCAUCAAUUGUUUGCUGAUGUAGAAAGAGAAUAUAAGGAGAAAGAUUCUGGGUUACAUAUAAUAAUAUUUGAUGAGUUAGAUGCUAUAUGUAAACAACGUGGUAGUGAUGGAACUGGUAGAACUGGUGUUGGUGAUAGCAUUAUAAAUCAGAUAUUAGCAAAGAUGGAUGGUGUUGAACAAUUGAACAAUAUAUUAAUCAUUGGUAUGACUAAUCAAUUGGAUAUGAUUGAUGAGGCAUUACUUCAUCCUGAUGAAAAAAAAAAUAAUACUUUGGAUGUUGAUGUUGAUCUAGAUGAAUUGGCUAGUUUAACCAAAAAUUUUAGUGGUGCAGAAAUCAGUGGACUUAUUAAGAGUGCUAGUUCAUUUGCAUUUAAUAGACAUAUCAAAGUAGAAACACUCACAGGGAUAAGACCAGAUUUUGAAAACAUGAAAAUAAAUAGAGAUGAUUUCCUAGAGGCAUUGAAUGAAACGCACCCAGCUUAUGGUGUCAGCAAUGAAGAAUUACAACGUUAUAUCCAAAAUCAAAUUAUUCCAUUUGCACCGCAUGCAUUUGGAAUAUUGCGAGAAGAUAAAUCAAAUUAUAAAUAA